AUGUCUCUAAGCAGCACCUGCCGCUUCUUAGACUAUCUCCAAGCCGUCGAUCCCCGACAGCCUCACAACAAGCUGUUAACAAUUGACGCGCCGCCCGGAGCCGGGUCGUCCACUCAGAAUGACCAGUCCGUGAUAAGCCGGCUCGCGUUAACCGUCGCCACCAACCACACUUUGAACGCGGUGAUUGUCGAAUCCCCGUCGCCCUCGGCGGCAUCGACGAAGGAAACACGGCGGACAACGAAGGGCCGUCUUCGAGAAAACCCAGACUCGCCCGGCGUUCGACGGGGGCUCCACGACGCCCGGCAGGCGAAGGCGGCGGAGUUCCAGGAGCCCACGCAGGGAUCCAAGGAUUCCAAGGGUUCCAAAGCCGUCUCUCAGGGUUCCAAUGACAUGUUUCUCCGCGUCGACGAGAUGGUGGAAGAGUACGCUUCCGAGGCGGAGAUGAGCGGGCUGGACGACUACUACCGGGAAGAGGGCCACGCGAAGCGCACCUUCCGGCGGCUUGGAAGAUCACGCGGGGGCGGGGGCGGGGGCUCUGAUUCCGACGAGAGCGGUGGGGAGGAUGGCGGUGGUGGCGGCGGCCGCGGCGGCGAAAGAGCCGAGGUCUACGACAGCGACCUCGAGUCUACGAUAGGGGACGUUGGCCAAGCCGCGCACAAGAAGAAAAUGAGGAGGUACAAAGCCCUUGCGAGGGACCAUUUCGAGAGGAUGCUGCUCGAAUGCAUCGUAAACACAGAGAGCAUCAAGGAUAACUACGAAGACAUGUUCGUCGACCAAAAAACCAUCGACAAGCUCGAGCACGCCACGCGCAUGUCCCUCCUCCGCCCCAAAGCCUUCAACCGCGGCGUGCUCGCCGGCAACCGAGUCACCGGCGCCGUCCUCUACGGCCCGCCCGGCACGGGCAAAACCCUCCUCGUCAAAGGCCUCGCCCGCAAAUCCGGCUUCAACAUGAUCCUCGCCUCCACGGCCGAGCUCUGGCAAAAAUGCCACGGCGACGACGAAAAAGUCAUCAAGGCCCUGUUUUCCAUGGGCCGCAAGCUGCACCCGGCCAUCGUCUUCAUCGACGAGGCCGACGGCUUACUCGGCGUGCGCAAGGCCGGCGAGAAGCGCCACAUCCGCGCCAUGCUCAACCAGUUCCUCAUGGAGUGGGACGGCCUCAACAGCGGCAAAGACGCGCCCUUUAUCCUGCUCGCGACGAACCGGCCCUUUGACCUAGACCCGGCCGUGCUGCGGCGCGCCCCCGUGCGGAUUCACCUCGACGUCCCUACCGCGGCGCAGCGGUUCGGUAUCCUCGGGCUGCUGCUCAAGGACGAGGUGCUCGGCGCCGACGUGUCCGUGGACAGGCUCGCCAAGAUGACGACGCGCUAUACGGGCUCCGAUCUCAAGAACUUGUGCGUCACGGCGGCGACGAGCGCGGUCAGCGAGCAGGCUGAGGACUCGGAGCACAGGGUGUUGCGGCUGCGGCACUUCCAGACGGCCAUGAUUAGUAUCAAGGCGACGGGGUUGAGCAAGACGGUCGAGAACGAGUUUCAGAAUUUCGAGAGGGGCGCGAACCAAGGGGCGCGGGCGCACGACGAGGACUAG